UUAGCAGAAGAGUUCCUUUCCUGUGGGAGAGAGCUGCAGGAGUUCCCUUUGUUAACUCCAAAGAAGAAGAAGUAGAAGAUGAUGAUGAUGAUGAAGAAGAAGAAGAGAUACUACCUCCUAAGCCUCCCCCGGGCCGAUACCGAAGUCUUUCAGCCGAAGAAAUUAUUAAGGUUCCUCCCUGCGGCCAAUGCCAUAGCAGCAUCUUCAUCAACCUUUCAACAAGCUCCUAAGAAGAUGAAAAGAAGAAGAGCUCCUUGUUCUCACCCUCAUGAGCAACGAUCACCAGAGUGGUUAAAGAAGCCACGUUUUAAGCAACAACAGUGCACUCAUGCUAGUACUAACUCUAAGCUUGAAUUACCACAGUGUGUUCCUAGAUCACAGUCACCUUCAAAGGCUUGUGGGCUAAUGCUCUUCUUUCCUUGGAGCUUGAAGAAUAACCUUUGUGGCUUCAAGAGUGCUACUCCUCCGGUAAGAUGUAGGUCUCCGAUGUCGGUGUCGGUAUCGGUAUCGGUAAGAGGAUCAUUGAGAUGUUCUAAUGAUCAGAUGGUGAGAUGGAAGGAUGAUGGAGAUGAUAAGAUGAGUAGCAAAGCUUGCCAAUCUCCUGGGUGGGGACUUCCUUUUCUGAAUAGUAGUAACAAGGUCAGUAAGAGAACAAGGUUUGCUGAUGAUGAGAUGAAGGAAAGAGAGAGAUCAUUGAUGUUUAAUCCUCCUCAACUUAAACCUCCUACUGACUCUUGGCUUCAACAUGCUCUCAAUAAAAAAAUUGAAAUGAAUUGA